AUGGCCACUGGAGAAUGUGUCAGUACUGUUAACAAUAAUGCCGCUGAAGCAAAUCAUGGUGGGCUGAAUACAUUUUUGACUUCAAAUGAUUUGUACAAGAGCAAUUCACAAGAGAGUUCAAUGUUUAAUUCUGAUGAUUUGAUGUUUUCUCAACAGGGCGCUUAUGCACAGAUGAACAAAUCAAACCAACUCAAUGGAUUAUUCAACAAUGAUAUUUAUUUCGUUAAUGGCCUUUUAACUCCACCAAACUCUGAUAACACUGAAGUAAACCAGUCAGUUUCAAACUUGAAUACAGUUAAUAACAUUAACAAUUACAACAACAAUGCUGAUAUCAACCACCAGGUUUUGAGCUUUAACAAGGAGUUUGAAGAUGUUGAUUAUUUUGGUUCUUCAUUUGACCAUUUACCUUCAUUUAAUCUAAAAAAACCCCAAUUGUCUUCUCCAUUACACUCACCAAAUUACCACACAACUUUUGAAGAGUUUCAACCUUACUUCACAACUGCUUCUGCAAACAAAAAGUUGCCAGACCAUUCCAAGUUAUAUGUGAAAGAAAAACCAAAACAUUUUGAACACAGUGCAAAGAAAAACAGAAACACCUCUGUUCCAGCACCAACAGUUUCAGCAGGUGGUGUAACUAAACCACCAGCCAAUAAGAGAAGUAAGACUUUAAAUGAUUUAAAAAUCCCAACCAAAUUGGCUUCCGUUUCACCAUCUCCAAUUGAUUUCAAUCCAGCCGUUCCAAACCAAUUCCAAUGGAUUAAUGUUUCUCCAAUUACUGAUGCUCGCUAUAAAGAAGUUUUAGAGUUGGCUGGACAAAGAAAGUUGGACAAGAAGAAGGUUAUCAAAAUUUUAGAUUCAUUUAGACAAAAUGAUGUUUCAGAAAAAUUGAAUCUUAUUAAUAGAAAACUUGGAUCUAAAAUUUCAUCUUCAUCAUCCACAAAAUUAGCCAAAAUGAACAUCAGAGAAGUUAAUGGUAGUUUUCAAAUCAUUUGUAAUACAUCAAGUGGAUAUGAUACACCAGUUGAAGAACAUGAAUCGAUUCCAAGUGGAUUAUUGAAGUUGAACAUUUUGAAAGAUCAUGUCAAUUAUAAAUUGUAUGAUGAAUUGGCUUCAAGUUUGAAAGUUAUGGCUGAACAAAAUUCAAAGAAUGAUAAAAUCAAAAGACCAUUGAACCAAUUUAUGCUGUACAAAAGAUCAAUGAUUAAAGCUGCCAACAUUUUCAAAGUUGUUGAAAUGGUUAAAGAAAAUAAUCAUGAUGAACUAUUGAAGAUGGAUGAAGAAUUGAAGAGAAAUCCAAAAUCUUCUCUAUUAAAUGAAAUUGUUGAUGUUCAACCAAAAUUGGACCAUCAUAAUACCUGUCAUGUUAUUGCUUUAUUGUGGGUCACUGAAUCGGAAGCUGUUAAAGAACAAUUUGCUAAAUUUGCUAAAUUGGAAAAAGACAUUCAUGGUCAAGUUUUCCCAAAUUAUAAAUUUAAUCCUCAAAAGAGAAAUUCAACAACCAAAUGA